AUGCAUCGCUACAUCCCUCGACGAGACGGAACUCCCCUCUCUGAAAAGAUCCGCAUGAAGCAAAACCCCCUACCGCCGCCAACACCGCCUACCUGCCGCCCCGUCGUCCCCGUCUCCGUCGUUGGACCGUCGGUCUUGUCCCCAGCUUCUUCCAAGCGCCCUUCUCCGGCCUCGUCUACUCCCUGUCGACGAAUCAGAACAAAGUUCUUUGGACCGCGGCCGAAGGAAGAGGAGGAACACCAACAACACGAAGAGAGACUGGCCGAAGCCUUGGAGGUCGACAAAGCAGCCAAGAUUCUCGAUUUCAGGGUUCUCGUUUGUGCUUUGUUCAGCUUACGCUCGUUGCUAGACUCUGUCAAAUUACAACGCAGCCUGCCAGCGGCACCGUAUAAAGUCCUCCAAGCGCCGGGACUCGAGGAUGACUACUACCGCUCGCCCUUGGCAUACUCUCCAACCUGCCAAUGCUUAGCUGUGGCUCUGGGAAAUACUGUCUACCGAUGGUCGGAAUGGCAUGAUCCCCAGCCUGUCUACCGCACUCCUCACCAGCGACAUACGAGUCUGACAUCUCUGUCAUUUUCCUCAGCCGAGGGAAAUAAGGCCAUUCUGGCCUUUGCACGCAAGGACGGUUACUUUGUGACGAAAAGGCCAUCACAAAACCCCUUCAUCUCGAGUGCUACAGUGUCGACAGAGGACCUUCUGGUGGGCGAUGGUCGAGGAAACAUCCUGCACUACAUCGUCGAGUGGCCCAGCUUGUGGGAAGUAUCUCGUGACACGUGGUUUGGCAAAGUGACGCCCGUUGCCAAGAUCGCAGCGCACACCUCGCAGAUAUGUGCGCUGGUCUGGUCUCCCGACGGCCAAGACUUUGUUUCCGGGAGCAACGACAACACGGCCUGCUACUUUGAGAUACAACGGAUGGAGAGACAACGCAGGCACCACAACUCAUCUACGACUUUGAUCCGCACAGGCCACCGGUCAAAAAAUGAUUGGAGCCUUUCAGGAAGUGAUUGCCCUCGGCCAAAGCAGUAUGAAGCGAGCCACAAUGGAUUGAUCUCAGGCGCGGAAACGUUGCUUGACGUCGCUCCGAUAAGCGCAACCAUCGAGGCCGGUGUAAUUGGAGGCAUCCCUCGAACGAUACAAGCGCCUACAGAAGACCUGCGGGUGUUCAAGCGAGGCAUGGAAACGCACUGUUGGCGGCACGAAGCUGCAAUCAAGGCAAUCGCAUUCUGCCCCUGGCAGAACGGGCUCGUUGCCACUGGCGGCGGCUUGGGCGACAAGUGCAUCCACUUCUUUCACACGACGUCUAGCACACCACUGGCCACCAUCGAUGUCGGUGCGCAGGUCACCUCGUUGAUUUGGUCUACGACACGGCGGGAAAUAGCAGCAACGUUUGGCUACAGUCAUGGCUACGCGCAAACCGAGCACCCAUAUCGCCUCAUUAUCUUCAGCUGGCCGUCUUGUCGGCAAGUUGGGGCUAUUGCUUGGGUGGGUGGCCCGCGGGCGUUGUACGCCAUUCCGUACCCAGGAGGACCGUCAAAUGCGCGCAAAGGAAGCCGUACAGCAAAGGAAGGGACUAUUGUUGUGGCAUCAAGUGAUGAGACUCUCAAGUUUCAUGAAGUCUGGCAGGACAAGCCAAAAUCGACUACCGGGGGCGCGGUUGGCAUAUUGGGCGGUAGUGACAUUCUCGAGGCUCUAGACGGGAUCGAUAAGGAUGGAGACGUCAUUCGAUAAAUCGUGAGAGGAGAUAGCUGCUUGCUCCUAGGGAUUAUCAAGUUUACAAGGACUGUCAACUCGUGUUACACGAAGUAUUCGUCGUCGUUGACACAGCAAAGCCGCAUUUACAUAUACUCUUAUAAAUCGAACUUGAGACCUUUCAU